GAGCAAGUGGAUCCUCCUGAUACUGGUUCUUUUCCUCUGCCUAAUCAUGGGGCAUUCAGUACCCUGCCCUGAUGGAUUUAGCUGCAAUAGGAAGAAAACAGUUUUCACAGACAUAAACGAAUGUGAAGAUUACAACUCAUGUGGAGAUAAUACGAUCUGCAAGAACACAAAUGGGAGCUACUACUGCCAGUGUCAGGAUGGCUUUAGGUCACCAACAGGGGAGGUGAAUUUUACAGUUGGUGGAUGCAAAGAUAUCCAAGAAUGUUCGGAAAUCACAAACAUCUGUGGACCUAACGCCAAAUGUGACAAUGCAAUCCCCUAUUACUUGUGCAUUUGUAAUGAUGGAUUCAUUUCUACCACUGGGAAGAAAAACUUUAGUCGUGAUGAAAAUGCUUCAUGUGAAGAUAUUGAUGAAUGUCAGAGAGAAAAUGUCUGUGGUCACAAUGCUUCCUGUAUAAACACACAAGGCAGCUAUUACUGUGUCUGUAAUGCUGGCUUUGAACUAAAAUCUGGCAGAUUCAUCUUCUCAGGGAAUCUGGAGCAAUGUGAAGCAUUAAACUGUGAUGUUUUCAAAGACAUGCUGGAAGAGAAAUUUCCCAUUGUGAAGCAGCUCAAAAAACUCUGUCUGCAACUCACAGAGAGCAAAAAUCAGAACCAAUCUGAUCAGAUGAGCUGGAAGGAAGAAUUCCUGAAGACAUUGUUGUCUGCGAUAGAUGAGCUCUUGUCCAGUGGUGUCCUCAAUGACAAAAGGAAAGUCUCCACCUUUCUGGAUUUGGUAGAGACAGCUCUGAGGCUAACUGCUCCCUUCAUAAAGAGUCCAGGGGAAAACAGAACUUCCACUCACACAGAGCUGGAAAUGGUCACACAUAAGGGACCUAUUAUACCCAAAGGAAACACAGUCUUAUCAACUAAGCAUGCUAAGUUGGAUAUCCAGAUGGAGAUAGCUGCUGGAGAUCCCGCCGAUUAUCUUGGCUUUUCAGCAGUGUCCUUGAUGAGCUAUUCAAACCUGGGAAACUCUACAGGUGACUUCUCUGAUGGGACGAAAUUGCAAAAGAACCAGAGCUUUAAGAUAAACUCCAAAGUGGUGACUGUCACUGUCAGUAACAGAAACACAAGCCACCUCACAAAGCCAGUCAAACUAACUUUGCGCCACCUACAACAGGCAAAUCAUACAUCCCACGUCUGUGUGUUCUGGGAUUCAGAGGAAGGAGGAUCAUGGUCUGAUCGUGGCUGCAGUGUGAUGGAGUCAAAUCUGGAAUAUACUUUGUGUUCCUGUAACCACCUGGGGACCUUUGCUAUAUUCACGGCUUUCUAUGAGAUUGAGGACAAGUUUGAGUUGCAGCUGAUCAUCUGGGUUGGCCUGUCACUUUCACUGAUUUGCUUACUCUUCUGUAUCCUGACUUUCUCAAUGAUGCACUCCAUUAAAAGCCCAAGAACCACCAUCCAUCUGCAUCUCUGCAUCAAUCUCUUCAUUGCUAACCUACUUUUUCUAGCAGGAAUUUCUCACAUGGUGAAUCAGGAUGGCUGUGCAGUGGUAACAGCAAUCCUGCAUUUCUGCUAUCUGGUGGCAUUUUGCUGGAUAUGUCUGGACAGUGUACAACUUUUCAGGAUGAUAGUUCUUGUCUCCAAUGUCAACUUUAAAAUGCUUUAUAUGAUGGCAGGUGGCUAUGGAGUGCCAGCACUUAUUGUUGCCAUCUCUGUCUUUGCUAAUUACCAGGCAUAUGGCACUGACAGAUAUUGUUGGCUAAGCGUGGGAUUCAUUUGGAAUUUUUUUGGUCCUGCAUGUGCUGUCAUCAUUAUAAACAUUUUCUUCUUUUUCAUCACUGUGUGGAAGCUAGCACAGAAGUUCUCAAGUGUAAACCCUGACCUGGAUGACAUACACAAAAUAGAGGCAUUCACCAUUAAUGCAGUGGCUCAGCUGUUUGUGUUGGGCAACGUGUGGAUCUUUGGUCGUGUGCUGUUUCAACAAAACCGUACAGCCAUGUCUUUCCUCACCAUCUUUGGCAGCCUUGAAGGCGUUACACUCUUCAUUGUAUAUUGUCUCUUUUCCAGUCAGGUGAGGGAAGAGUACAAAUGCAUCCUGUCCAGGAUUUGUGCUCCUUGGAAGAAGAGAGACACAAAAUCUUGCUACUCCUCCUCCAGAAAAGCUCGUCACCUUCAAAACUUGACUGUUUACCAUUGUUUGGAGAACAUGAAGGGCAACAGCUUUGAAGUGGAUAAAAACUUUGCUUGUUUCCGUGAAUGCCAAGGAUACAAGAGUCUCAUAUUUGAGGAGCUAGACAGUGACCUGGGACAAAAGUCUAAUUUGCUGAAGAGCUCUGCUUCAGACUUUCAGACAUAG